CUCUGGCCCUCGGCUGGGAUGAACUUCAAAAGGCCCUCGGCUGGGAUGAACGUCUCUGGCCCUCAGCUGGGAUGAACUUCAAAAGGCCCUCGGCUUUUACUCUUUGGUUCCUCUCCGUCUUCGCUCCCUUGCCAGCCACAGCAAUGGUCUGAAGUAGCAGUCAACGGAUUUGAUCUUGGUAAACCACCGAAAUGUCUUCUAAACCCACUUGUCUAAUUGUGGCCAGUGCAGCUGCACAAGGAGUGUCUGCUCAGUCGUUCCAUCAAGCCUUCUGUCUCUGUAGUUCAGUGUUCAACCUGCAGACUGCUACACCAGGGGGCAAGCCCAUAGAUUUUGUCGGGGUGGAUGAUACCACGGCCAGAUGGAUCCAAGACUUCAGCCAGAAGUCUUUUGCAACCCCAGCCAAGCUGGAGUCAAUAGACGGUGCUCGGUACCAAGCUCUGCUGAUUCCAGACUGUCCUGGGGCGCUCACUGACCUGGCACACAGUGGCUCUCUGGCACGCAUCCUCACACACUUCACCUCACAGCAGAAGGCGGUGUGCGCUAUAGGACAAGGGGUAUCUGGUCUGUGCUGCGCCAUAGUAGAGGGACAGAAGUGGAUCUUCACAGGCUACAGUCUCACUGGGCCGUCUGUGUUUGAGCUGGUGAGGAGCCCAGACUUUGCCAACCUGCCUCUGAUCGUGGAGGACUUUGUCAAGGACAGCGGAGGAUCGUACACCGUCAGGAGGAUGCCGUGCAUGUAGUGAUCGACAGACACCUGGUGACCGGACAGAACGUCCUGUCUACGUCGGUCGCUGUCAAUAACCUCAUUAUGCUCUGUAAUGGAAAGUAACAUGUCUUCUGUUCUGCUAUGUGGGGACCACAUGUCUUCUGUUCUGCUAUGUGGGGACCACAUGUCUUCUGUUCUGCUAUGUGGGGACCACAUGUCUUCUGUUCUGCUAUGUGGGGACCACAUGUCUUCUGUUCUGCUAUGUGGGGACCACAUGUCUUCUGUUCUGCUAUGUGGGGACCACAUGUCUUCUGUUCUGCUAUGUGGGGACCACAUGUCUUCUGUUCUGCUAUGUGGGGACCACAUGUCUUCUGUUCUGCUAUGUGGGGACCACAUGUCUUCUGUUCUGCUAUGUGGGGACCACAUGUCUUCUGUUCUGCUAUGUGGGGACCACAUGUCUUCUGUUCUGAAAAGCCUUGGGCCGGGAUUCAAUCCGAACAUGCUUUGAUGGCUAUGCGCCGUUUUUAAAAAGGGAAUCAGCCAUCGAAUAGACAAAUGCAGUAUUGGAUCAUGAAUGCGAACUGGAAUAUUUUGCCUUUUAAGGAGCUACUGCCUUUGAAAAGCAACGAAUCCAUUUGGAAAAUGGCCAAUUUGGCGUCGAUUAUGAGUUAGAAACAGUUGUUCUACUGUCAAAAUUGACAGAAGUGUAAAUCAGAUAAUUUUGGUCAUAAAGUGGGUCUGGUCUAAAAUGGAGAUUGGAACAUCUGUGCGUCACAAUGAAGGGUUUUGAUUUGACGAUGUCUAUUGACUCACUAACAUGGGGUGAACAGCUGCUGUGAUUGCUCUCUAUCCAAUAGAAAAAAACUGUGACCGACCUGCCCAGCAGCUCCAAGACAAGUCACACAGAAAUACUGCACCAAAAACCUUUUUAGAUGUAAAAUUACACAACUAUAACAUCCUCGACAAAAACGUCUACAUUUAUUACAUAUUUAUUGAGUUAUCUUAGAUUCAUUCUGGGGAUUUUCAGGAAGUGAAAUAGGCUUCGUGGCGGGAAGCCAUACAGCAUUAACUAAACCUCGGAAUCGGUCAGGAAACACUUCCAAAACUGAAAUCUGUUUCUCUAAUAAGCAACAGAAAAACACGUGCCAAUCGGCUGCUUCCGUGGCUCUUUUAAAAAGGUGCGUUGCCCACAAAGCGUGAUCGGAUUUAACCCCAGCCUUAUUUUGACAUGAACAGGAUAUGAUUUAGCAGACAGGGCUCAUCAGAGUAUACAUACAGUAACAAAAAAACGCAGGCAACAUCUCAAAGUAGAGCUCCUUUACAUUUAGUGCUAUCAAGGACAAAUAAAGGUUCUGGGUAUGAGGACAUGCUGUACAACUCCUGUCUUAUGUACUGUACACCAGAGUUGGUGCAAUUCCAUUUCAGAAAGUAAACCAAAUUACAAUUCUACCUUUUAUUGAAGAGAAUUGGAAUUUCAGUGCUCUUCCUGAAUGGACUGGAUUUUAGAUGGAAUUGAGGCCAACCCUGCAGUCUACUACUAGCUACUACUAGCCCGCCCCCCCCCCCCCCCCACACACAGUCUACUACAGCAGAGGUUUGUAGUACAACUAGCCCCCCCACACACACACACGUCAAGCAUAAUUCAGCAGCCACCGGUGAGGUAUUAGAAAAAGUAUCACUGUAUGUAUGUAAAUUUCUAUUGUCGAUUACAUUUGUAUAUUAAAAACAACACUGAACAAUG